UAAACGGAGCCUGGACUAGACCAUCCAGUCUUUCGAUUAACUCUGACUCAAUAUGAAGCUCCACUGGCUGCUAUUCGCAGUCGUACUGAUCUGUGCCCUGUACAGCACUUCGGGCACGGGCAGUUCCACGGAAACCAGCACCAGCACCGAGUCCACCACCGUUGCGGGCAGUAGCACUUCGACCACCUCGUCCUCCUCCUCCUCCUCCUCGGACACCACCGAGGCCAGCAGCAGCAGCAGCGAUUCGUCCACCAGUUCCAGCAGCUCGUCCUCCAGCUCCAGCAGCUCCUCCAAGAAGAAGGCUGCCGCCAGGAGGAGGAAAGCCGCUCGCAGGAAGCGUCGUGCCGAACGCAGGAGGCGUCGCGCCGCCCGCAGGCGCGCCCAGCGCAGGCGCAACAGGGGUUAGACUGGAAGCCGAUUGGGAAUCCACUUAUUCCGGCCUAGACAGGACUUUCAACUUUUUUUUUUCCAACACUCUCCGUUGAUCCUCGGAUCGGCAAAUUUAAUAUAUUCCCGGUAAUUGCAUGAAAAAUA